ACUAUUUUCUCGGGAAACAUUCAGUCUUACGGCACAUAUUAUUAAGGGCAUUUAUGUAAUUUGAAGCGAUCUCGUCCCAGAAACCCUUCUAAAACCCUACUAGCAAACGCCGGAGGCCCAAAGUCAGAGCGCUAGCUGCUGACUCAAGGCUGUUGCUGAAUUUCCAUUGUUUCUCAUGGCGAAGCGCUUGAUCCCAUCCUUGAAUCGUAUUUUGGUGGAGAAAAUCGUUCCGCCGUCCAAAACCCAUGCCGGAAUUUUACUCCCUGAGAAGACCACCAAGUUGAGCUCUGGAAAAGUUGUUUCUGUGGGUCCUGGGUUUCGUGACAAUGAAGGAAAGCACAUCCCUGUUAGUGUGAAGGAAGGGGACACUGUUUUGUUGCCUGAGUAUGGAGGAACUGAAGUAAAACUUGGUGACAAAAAGUAUCACCUGUACCGGGAUGAGGAUAUAUUAGGAACUCUGCAUGAUUGAUGCCCCAUGUCACCUCUCAAUGUGUUCAAGAGCAGCCAAUCUGUAGUCAGCAGUUAAGCAGCUCCAUUAGACCUUUCUGUUGCUGUCAAACAGUUCCAUUUUGGUCUCUGUUUUGAAAUGAGAUGAAAUGCAUCUGUAGUUUUCUUUUUUCUUUUUUUUGGAGGCAAACAAGCCCCAUGGAGUUUAAAUUUAACAUUGAAAGCUCCUCAGUUUUUUAAAGUACGGUAUCAUGUGGCUGCACAACGUUGUGUAUAAAUUGAGGGGACAUUCUUCUAGGGUGCAUUUGUCUUUGUGGCAGGAUCAGUAAUGGCCAAGAUGGUGGCUAAGAUGGCAACCAAAUAAAUUAGACUGACCUGUUUUCGUUGUGA